CCCCCUCCAGAGGCCCCGGGGUUUGAAGGCCUGAGCCUGGGUGCCUAUCGGCUCCUUCAGUUGGGCCCACGGGGGGGGGGGGCACUUCCGAAAUGGGGGCUUCCCUGGCUGGGGCGACCCCUUUGGAAGAGGGUGGAUGGAGGCCGUUUUUCCUGCUGCUGUUCCUUUCCAUCACUCUGCGGGAGGGACAGCUCCAGGCGGCCGGCCAGGCACCUCUGUCUGCGUCCUGCGCACCGCAGGCUUCGGGCACAUAAACAGGCGCUGAAUGAAGGAACCCAUCAGGCGCGGCUCUGCUCUCCGCCCGCACCUGUGCGCGCAGCCAGACCCGCCUCGCCCAGGGCGCGAACCGGAGGGACGCAGCGGGGAGCUCCGCAGCGCCCCCCCACCCCACCCCUGCAGGCCGCCUCAACUCUCGGAUCAGACCCAGGCGCGUCCGGAGGCUCCGGGCCCCGCUUCUGCGCCCGAGCCCGUCCCUGCGCGGUCUUGGUGGAGGAGCCCCGCUCUCACGCUUGGGACCCCCCAGGGCCCAGCGGCUCCUUCGGCCUCUCUCCCUAGCCGCCCCUCGCGCCUGACAGCUCCUCUCCCUCGCAGCGCCCCUUCCCAGCGUGCCCUCGCCCCUGCUACGCCCUCCCUCACACGCUUCUCUUUCCCGCGGUCCCCUCUCCCCUGCGGGCCCUCGCCCCCGCGGCACCUACUGCCUUCCUUCCCUGCAGCUUGCACGCCCUCCGGCGGCGCCCCCGGGAGCACCUGCGGCCUGGGCUCGGCUUCCCGGCUCGCUUCGCCCCUGGCCCCGCCCCUGACCCCGCCCCAGGCCCCGCUCCUCCCGGCCGGCUGCACGUCUGCGCUGCUCGGAGGCCCGGGGGCCGAGGGGCCCGUGGGACACGCGUCGGGGCGCAGCUUCCUGGUGCGGGCGGACCGCGGAGGUGGACCUGGCCGCGGCCCCCCUGGUCUGUUGGAGGCAUCGGCCGCACCUCGGACCUUGACCUGUGGCCUGGGAGGAGGUGAGAUCUACUGGCCAGGCUCUGACCACCUGACCACCUUCCUGGGCGCCUGAGUCUGGGUUUCCUCGCCAGGACUCUCCCUUUGGGCUUUGUCCAGUCAGGGCAGCUUGAAAGCCACAGUCUCCAUCAGUUGGGAAUGCUUUCUGGUGCACACGAUGGGAAUUCCUUGUCCCAGACUUGAACAGGUGUGGGUUGA